AGAGGAAGAAGAAGAAUAAGUAGUAGCAGCAGGAUGCUAAACUAAGCUGAGACUAAAUUAGUCAAACUUAGUGGAUUUCUUUUUUAUUAUUUUUUGAAUAAAGUGAACUGUAUCAUUAUGUCUUUUAUCACCGCUAGCUGGAACCCGCUCGGAGAGGCUUUUUACCGGAAAACAGAACUGUAUCAGAUGUGCUGGAGUUUACGGGAUGGCCUCAAAGACUGCCUGGUGGCUGCUGCUCCAUAUGGAGGGCCAAUAGCUCUCCUCAGAGAGCCUCAUAGACACUCGCCCAGCGCUCGUCCUCAGCUGGACAUUUACUCAGCCUCUGGGGUUGCUGUUGCUAGCUUCCAGUGGAAGAGUGGUCCAGUCAUCCAGUUGGGCUGGACUGUGUGUGAUGAGCUGCUGUGCAUUCAGGAAGAUGGUUCGGUUCUCAUCUAUGAUCUAUAUGGAUCUUUCAAGAGACACUUCAGCAUGGGACAGGAAGUUGUCCAGAGUCAAGUUUUAGAAGCCAAAGUAUUUCAUUCUCCUUAUGGUACAGGGGUUGCCAUAGUAACAGGUUCCUUUCGCUUUACUUUGGCAACCAACAUUGAUGACUUGAAGCUGAGGCGACUGCCUGAAGUUCCAGGCCUACAGGGAGCACCAUCCUGCUGGGCUGUCCUGACUCAGGACAGACAGACUAAAGUGUUGCUGGCAAAUGGAUCAGACAUCUUCAUUGUGGACAAUACGUCUUGUACGGCUGUGUGUCCACCAGGACUCAGUCCUCAGGACGGAAACAUUGUCCAUAUGUGUGUGUCCUUCAGUUAUAAGUACCUGGCUCUGUUUACUGACACGGGGCACCUGUGGACAGGCUCCUCCCUCCUACAGGAUAAACUAAGUGAAGUGGACACGAAGGUGAGGACACCACCCAAACAGAUGGUCUGGUGCCGCAGACCCAGGAGCCAGCAGCCGUCUGUGGCAAUAAUGUGGGAUAGACUCCUCCUUGUGGCUGGAAUCAGUAAUGACACCAUUCAGUUUUCCAUUGAUGAUCGGUGUCUGUGUGUCGGUGAGUUGGACGGCGUUCGUAUUAUCAGCUCCACUCAGCAGGAAUUCCUGGAGGAGGUUCCUCUGGUUUGCCAGGGCAUCUUCAAGAUUGCAUCCAUGGCUCCUGGAGCUCUGCUGCUGGAGGCCCACAGAGAGUACGAGAAAUGCAGUCAAAAGGCUGAUGAGUACCUGCGAGAGAUCAAGGAGCAAGGCAUGCUGCGAGAGGCUGUCAGACAGUGUGUGGAGGCUGCAGGUCACGAAUACGAUGUAAAUACCCAGAAGUCCCUGCUCAGGGCAGCGUCAUUUGGAAAGUGUUUCCUGACAGACUUCAGUCCAGAUCUGUUUGUGACCACGUGCAGAGAGCUGAGAGUUCUAAACGCUGUCCGGGAAAGUGGUGUGGGCAUGCCUCUCACUCACACUCAAUUCAAACAGAUGACUCUCCAGGUGCUGAUUGACAGGCUCGUGUAUCGGCAGUUCUACCCGUUAGCGAUAGAGAUCUGUCAGUACCUGAAGAUUCCAGACUAUCAGGGGGUCAGCCGAGUCCUCAGACACUGGGCCUCCUGUAAGGUGCAGCAGAAGGACCUACCAGAUGAGGCCAUUGCCAGAGCAGUUUGUCUGAAGGUUGGAGACUCACCAGGUGUUUCCUACUCACACAUCGCAGCUAAAGCAUAUGAAUGUGGACGCACGGAACUUGCCAUCAAGUUGCUGGACUAUGAGGCUCGCUCUGGAGAGCAGGUUCCUCUGCUGCUGAAGAUGAAGAGGAGUCAACUGGCGCUGAGUAAAGCUGUUGAGAGUGGAGACACUGACCUGGUGUACACAGUGGUGAAUUUUCUGAAGAAUGAGAUGAACAGAGGAGAUUUCUUCAUGACUCUGAGGAACCAGCCAGUCGCCCUCAGCCUCUACAGACAGUUCUGUAAGCUGCAGGAACAGGAAACGCUGAAGGAUCUUUAUAACCAAGAUGAUGACCACCAGGAACUCGCCAAUUACUAUGUGACAGCAAGUUACCGUGAAAAGAUGCUGGAGACUCGUCUGUCUGUUCUGCAGAGUGCUGUGGACGAAUACUACAAAGCCAAGAAUGAAUUCAAUGCUAAGGCUACAGAAGAUGAGAUGCGUCUCCUUCGAUUCCAGAGGAAGCUUGAUGAUGAAAAGGGCGCAGGGCUUUUGGGACUCUCUUUGCAGGAUACCAUUGAGACUCUGCUGGCUCUGGGUCUCCACAAACAGGCUGAACAACUUUACCGUGAUUUUAAAGUCCCUGACAAGAGGUUCUGGUGGUUGAAGCUGAAGGCUCUGGCAGAGAAGGAGCAGUGGGAGGAGCUGGAGAAAUUCUCAAAGAGCAAAAAGUCUCCUAUUGGUUACCUGGCCUUUGUGGAAAUCUGCAUGAAGAGUCACAACAAGUACGAAGCCAAGAAGUACAUUUCCAAGGUGAUGCCUGAGCAGAAGGUCAAAGCUCACCUGGCCGUCAGUGAUCUGGAAGGAGCUGCGGAUGCCGCCAUAGAACGGAAGAAUGAAGCAGAGAUGGCGACAGUUCUGUCUCAUUGCUCCUCCUCUGACCGACUUUUAAUUGACAGGCUAAACCGGGCCAGAGCUGGUGUUGCUAAAAAGUGAGCUGCGUUCCAAAUGCUUACACAGACCCAGGAGCAAGACCAGAUGUUACCAUGACAACCUGUGGAUGCACACUGCAGUACAGGUGUCUGGACCAAUCGGGCUCCUCGUUUAGUGUGUGUUCUUCAUGUGCUUUAAUGAUUAAUCAGUAAACUGUGUUCUGUAAACAUGUAUUACAAAGUCUGUCCUCUCUGAAUCAAUAAAG